UCCUUCUUCCUGUGAGCGUUGUGUUUUUGGUGCAUGAGGUCAGGACCAGGUUUGUGUUAAUGUCCGAUGAGGCGCGUUAACCUCUGAUUGAAAUGUCACCCAGUAAUGAAACCUCAUGCUUCGUUCACCAUCGGGAUUUAAAGAACAAUUAAAAAGACGACAAAAAAAGAUCCAGUAAAAUGAAAACAUUUUUUUAUGCUUUCCUGCUUCUGGUUCCUGGAAACAGGGAAUGGGAGGAUGGUGAGACUCCCACUCGUGUUUUGUUUUCGCAAUAGCAGCUUGAUUUAUGUUUCCUCUGUGUGGAGCCUUUAAAACAGAACACUUGCUGCUUUUCUGCCAGUUAAACGGCAUCAUGGUGUCAGAGAGGGAAGCGCUCGUCGGUGCUGCUUUUCUUCUGUUUGCCUUCGUUCUGCAGAGCGAGGGGAUAAUCGGGGGCAGAGAGGCUGCAGCGCACUCUCGGCCCUACAUGGCCUCCAUCCAGCUGCAGGAAGGAGAGACCAUGAAACAUGAAUGUGGAGGAUUUGUGAUCGCGGAUCAGUGGGUGAUGACUGCGGUUCACUGUAUGCCAACCGGGGCAAAUGGAAGGAAAGUAGUGCUGGGUGUCCAUUCUCUGAGUGCUAAUGAAGAGACAAAGCAAACCUUUGACAUUAUGGAACUUCACAACCAUCCAGACUACAGAGAGUUAAAUUACGAUAACGACAUUGCUUUAAUCAAACUGGAUCGUCCAUUUAACGCCUCAGAGGCCGUGAGGGCUGUGGAAUUCCUCCGAGCCGGCGGCACGAACCCCGACACCGGCGCCGAGGUCGAGGCGGCCGGCUGGGGGUCGACCGACAACCUGGGGACCAGACCGGACACCCUGAAAGAGGUGGUCAUCGAGGUGAUGAGCUCCAGGCGGUGCAAGCGCAGCGACUACUUCGGAUCGAAGUUCACCGACAACAUGAUCUGUGCGCACAAGGUGUGCGCAGACCCCUGUGAUCAGCCGCAUAAGAAAGAAGACACCUGUGACGGCGACUCCGGUGGUCCGCUGCUCUACAACGGCGUCGUAGUGGGCAUCACCUCCAACGGAGGAAAAAAGUGUGGCCAGGUGAAAAAGCCCGGGAUCUACACCAUCAUCUCCCACUACACCGAGUGGAUCGACAGGACCAUGGCCGUGGAUUCCAGCGCCGAGCCGCAACAGAGCAGUUAAAUAAAGGAGGGCACGUUUACACAGCUAUUAGAAGACAUGUCUCCCCCCACAGCUUCUGCUUCUUCUCAGUCAGCGGUUAUCACACUGGAAGCGGCUCUGUUUAUAUAUUGUGCUAAUUUGUAACAAAUGUCUUUAGGGAUAGAUCUCCAGCAUAAGGGACGUAGUGAAACCACCUGCACAAAUUCACAUUUAUUGAUACACAAUAAAAUACACCUGAUCU